AUGUCGGCUUCUGGUCCCAUAAGCAACUAUUAUGUAGAUUCCUUGAUAAGUCAUGAAAAUGAAGAGCUCUUGGCAUCAAGGUUCCCAGCCACUGGCUCUCACCCUGCAGCCGCUAGACCUUCAGGAUUAGUACCGGACUGUGCCGAUUUUCCAUCCUGCAGUUUUGCCCCUAAACCGGCCGUUUUUACUACUUCAUGGGCUCCCGUGCAUUCUCAGUCUUCUGUGGUUUACCAUCCGUAUACCCACCAGCCUCACAUUGGGGCUGACACCAGGUAUAUGCGCACUUGGUUGGAACCCAUCUCAGGCGCUGUGUCCUUCCCUGGCUUCCCACCCAGCAGCAGGCAUUACGGGCUCAAGCCGGACGCUUUCCCCGGCCGAAGGGCGGAAUGUGGCCCGGUGGACGGGCGUAGUUAUCCGGAUUACAUGUACGGAUCCCCGGGUGAUCUCAGAGACCGAACUCCGCAGACUAUACCCUCUCCGGAAUCGGAGGCAGUCGCUUCGAGCAAACACAAAGAAGAAAAGAACGAAUUAGACCCUAGCAAUCCCGUGGCAAAUUGGAUUCACGCACGUUCCACGAGGAAGAAAAGAUGUCCUUAUACAAAGUAUCAGACCCUGGAACUGGAAAAAGAGUUUUUAUUCAAUAUGUACCUCACACGGGACCGGAGGUACGAAGUAGCCAGAGUUCUUAAUCUCACUGAACGCCAAGUCAAAAUCUGGUUUCAGAACAGGAGGAUGAAAAUGAAGAAAAUGAAUAAAGAAAAAACCGAUAAAGAACAGCAAUAA